AUGGACGAUCAAAGCUUCCAGGUCGUAGAACUCAGCUCGAGACUUGAGGUUGCGGCCUUCGCCUUCUUGGUGUACGACUACCUGCUCACCGUAUCGGACGAAUUCCCGCGACUGUGGCAGCGGCCGCUAUCACGACCGUCCCUUCUCUUCUACGCCAUUCGUUAUCUGCCAAUCCUCUCGUCCUUUGUCAUACUCCUUCUUGGAUAUGUACCCGCACUUGCAUUGAGUUGCGACGCCUACCUCUGGUGCUCUAAAGUCAAGAUCCUCGUGACGCAAUUUUGCGUGUGCUUCAUUAUGGGCAUGCGCGUUAUGGCAAUGUACUACAACGACCGGCGCGUUGUCUUCCUUGUCGCGGGCGUCGCCGCGAUCCUCUUCGGCAUCAGCAUCAUGUUCAUCGUCGGGGAAGAGCGUAUCACUGUAUACCGAUUUGUUAAGGUCGGAGUGCACCUCUGUCAUGUUGCAUCUUAUGAGACCCGCGACGCAUAUGCUUGGAUCACACAGGCAGUCUUCGAUGGAUUCGUGCUUGCGCUCACAGCCUUCAGGGCCCUUGUGAGCUGGCGUGAUGGAGAGGGAAUUCAUUGCUUCAAAAGCACUCACCGAGGCUUGGCCGACCUCAUGUUUACUGACGGCCUCAUGUUCUACGUGAUCAUCACAUUGGCGACGGUCGCCAAUAUACUCACCUACUUCGUUGGACCGCCGCCUUUACGAGGAUACUUCAGUUCCUUCACAAGCGCGAUUUGUACGGCUAUGCUCGGACGCCUCACACUUCAUCUACAUGCCGCCGUCGAGCACACUGCGCGCACCAGUCGUAGUGUGGAUCUGGAGAUGCACGACGUUGGUUCCUCAACACUACGCUACGGAGACCCGGAUGCCGAAGUAGAAGAAUGA